AUGGAAGACGACCUUUACGACGAGUUCGGUAACUUCAUCGGCGAAGCUGAGGAAUCCGAGGACGACAGCCAGCAUGGCGUUGACGCUGGCGCCUACGUGUAUGAUGAAGAAUACCCCGAGGAGGAGCCAGAGGUAACCGGCCAGGAGCUUAUGGAGGUCGAUGACGAGGGACCUUCGAAUGCCGUUGUAUUGCACGAGGACAAGCAAUACUAUCCCACUGCGCAGCAGGUGUACGGAGAGGAUGUUGAAACCAUGGUACAGGAGGAGGACGCGCAACCUCUGACCCAGCCGAUCAUUGCGCCAGUUGAGCAAAAGAAAUUUACCAUACAGGAAGCGGAUCUCCCCCCGGUGUUUUUCGAGCGGAACUUCAUGACGGAUCUUAUGAAUUACCCGGAACAGAUUCGAAAUGUUGCCUUUGCUGGGCAUCUUCACCACGGAAAGACGGCUCUUAUGGACAUGUUGGUUCUCGAGACUCACGACAUUACCGAUCGAUUAGAGAAGAAGACGGGCAAGAAGAGGGACGAGCAGUUGAGAUACACGGAUGUACAUGUGUUAGAGCGGGAAAGAGGGAUUUCGAUCAAAUCGGCACCUAUGAGUUUGGUGCUGCAGAAUACCAUGGGAAAAUCGCACCUCCUCAACAUACUCGACACUCCAGGCCAUGUCAAUUUCGUCGACGAAGUCGCAUGCUCCCUGCGACUUGUUGAUGGUGUGGUUCUCGUUGUCGAUGUGGUUGAAGGUGUACAGGUUAACACGGAGCAGAUCAUCAAGCAUGCAGUUCUAGAAGGAUUGCCUCUGACGCUCGUAGUAAACAAGAUGGAUCGGUUAAUUUUGGAGCUGAAACUUCCGCCUACAGACGCUUAUUUUAAGCUGAAGCAUGUCAUUGAAGAAGUCAAUACUGUGAUUGAGGCCACCAUUCCUGGCCAAGGAGAGAAGAGGAGGUUGAGUCCAGAGAAGGGCAAUGUACUGUUCGCAUGCAGUAGCAUGGGAUGGUGUUUCACUCUGCAAUCGUUUGCGAAGAUGUAUGCCGACAAUUUUCCACCUAAAACUAAGGGUGCCGCCGGAAUCAACGUUCCAGAAUUUGCAAGACGACUCUGGGGGGACAUUUUCUACAAUCCAAGGAAACGAUCGUUUACCCGGAAAGCGGUGGAGGAAGGAGCCAAGCGCUCUUUUGUGAACUUCAUUCUCGAGCCCAUCUAUAAGUUGUUCUCCCACACCAUCAGCGAAAGCCCCGAGGACCUCAGAGACACCCUGGCGACCCUUGGAAUAAUUCUCAAGCCUUCCCAAUAUAAGACAGACGCCAACGUACUUUUAAAGCUUGUUUGCGAGAGGUUCUUUGGAGGAUCGAAUGGCUUCGUUGAUAUGGUUGUUGAACAUAUCCCUUCGCCAGUCGAGUCUGCCGAAGACAAGGUUCAGCGAUAUUACACUGGCCCUACUGAUACCAAGGUUGCGACUGCAAUGAAAGAGUGUAGACAAGAUGGUCCUCUGGUUAUCCAAAUCUCGAAGUUGUUCAAUACAAGUGAUGCCAAAUCAUUCCAUUCGUUCGGACGAGUGAUGAGUGGCACCGCCACGCCUGGCGCGCAGGUCAGAGUCCUGGGUGAAGGCUACUCUAUCGAUGACGAGGAAGAUAUGACCAUGGCAACAAUAUCAGACGUAUGGAUCGCUGAGACGCGGUAUAGCAUCCCGACAGAUGGUGUGCCAGCAGGAAAUUGGGUUCUAUUAGGAGGAGUUGACAACUCCAUCGUCAAAUCAGCGACACUAGUACCCCCUGUUUUGCCGGACGAAGAGGAUGCGUAUAUCUUCAAGCCCAUUACACAUUUCACAGAAUCGGUGUUCAAGGUGGCCGUGGAACCAAUCAACCCUUCGGAAUUGCCGAAGAUGUUGGACGGCCUCAGAAAGAUCAACAAGAGCUAUCCUCUGAUCACGACGAAAGUUGAGGAAUCUGGAGAGCAUGUCAUUCUUGGGACUGGGGAGCUGUACAUGGAUUGCGUACUACACGACCUUCGACGUCUGUACGCCGAUAUGGAGAUCAAAGUAUCCGAUCCAGUUACACGGUUCUGUGAAACGGUUGUCGAGCAGUCGGCCAUCAAGUGCUAUGCACAAACGCCCAAUAAGCGGAACAAGAUUACUAUGAUUGCCGAGCCGUUGGACCAGGGCAUUGCUGAAGACAUUGAGAGUGGCAAAGUCAGCAUCAAGAGCCCCAACAAGGUUAUUGGCAAGUUCUUUGAAGACAACUACGGAUGGGAUUUGCUAGCAUCGAGGAAUAUUUGGGCUUUCGGGCCCGAUGAUUUGGGACCCAACAUCUUGCAGAAUGACACACUGCCUUCCGAAGUCGACAGAAGACUGUUACAAAGUGUCAGAGACACGAUUCGUCAGGGUUUCAGCUGGGCAACUCGAGAGGGUCCCCUGUGUGAAGAACCAAUCCGCAACGGCAGAUUUAAGGUCAUGGAGGUCACACUGGCUUCCGAAGCGAUCUUCCGGGGCGGCGGCCAGAUCAUUCCCACUUCCCGACGAGCCUGCUACUCUUCCUUCCUUAUGGCCUCCCCACGACUUAUGGAGCCAGUCUACUCUUGCUCCAUGACCGGACCAGCCGAUUCCGUCACAUCUCUCUACACAGUGCUCGCCCGCCGCCGAGGGCACGUCCUCUCGGAUGGCCCAAUUGCUGGUACACCACUGUACCGCGUGUCCGGACUGAUUCCAGUCAUCGACUCCUUUGGCUUCGAGACCGAUCUCCGUAUCCAUACCCAGGGACAGGCCACGCUCAGUCUGGUCUUUGACCGGUGGAGUAUCGUUCCUGGUGACCCGCUCGACAAAGACGUCAUUUUGCGACCGCUCGAACCGGCAGGUGCUCAGGCCACAGCUCGCGACUUUGUUCUGAAGACGCGGAGGAGGAAAGGUUUAAGCGAAGACGUUAGCGUGGCCAAGUUUCUCGAGCCCGAGCUCUUCUCCAGUCUCAAGGAAAGUGGCAUCCUGGGAAGCGAUUAG